UUCGGCCAUGCCUGGGAUUGUGUCACCUUCUUUUCAACAGCUAUAUGGAUGGCUCUGUUCUAUGGGUUAAUAUUUAUUGCUAUUUUAUAUUAUGGGAUGUACAUGAUGUUUAAUUUGAGCACCAUGGAUAGAUUUGACGACCCGAAAGGAAAGACCAUUACUGUCAAUGUUAAUGAGUAA